CCGGUGGGGUGGGGGCGGCGCCCGCGACAGGGGGAGGAAGCGAGCGAGCGAGCGAAGCAGCGCCGCCCCCCGGGCCGGAGCCUGCCGGGAAGGAGGCGCGGGCGGGCGGCAUGGAGUAGGGGCCGGGGCGGCCCGGCGAGCGGAGCGGGCGGCAUGGAGCCGAGCCCGGGGCCCUGCGCCGAGAUGCUGCAGGUGGCCGAGGAGGCCUUUCGCGGCGGCAACUUCGAGCUGGCGGCCGAGAUCUACGGCUCGCAGCUGGCCGAGCUGCCGCAGCCCGAGCGGGGCCUCUGCCUGCGCCGGGGGGACGCGCUGGCCCGCGCCGGCCGCAUGGCCGAGGCCCUGGAGGCCUACAGCGCCGCCGCCCGGCUGGCCCGCCUGCGGCCCGAGGAGCUGCGGGAGCUGGCGGAGAGCCUGGCCCUCCGCCUCCGCGAGAAAGCGCUGCGCCUGCCGCCCUGGCCCGGCGGCGGCGGCCCCGAGGGGGCGGGCGAGGCGCUGGGCGACCCCGCCUGCUGCCGCCCGCCGGAGCUGCUCGGCUGCCCCCUGUGCCGGCGGCUGCUGUGCGAGCCGGUGACCCAGCACUGCGGCCACACCCGCUGCCGGCGCUGCGCCGAGCCCGGCGACUGCGGCCGCUGCCCCCGGCCCCGCCGCGCCGCCGACGCCCCCGGCCCCGCCAGCGCCCGGGUCAACGUGGUGCUGGGCAACCUGCUGGAGAAGUGGCUGGAGGGGGAGAGCCGGGCGCGGCGGCUCCGCGCCGAGGGAGACGAGCUCCGGGACAGGCAGGAGCUGCCGGCUGCGCUGGAGAAAUACAACCAGGCCCUGGAGACCGCUCCCUGCAAAUGUUCGUUAAUAGCACAACGAGCAGAACUGUGGAUAACCAUGAAAAACUAUCAACAAGCUCUCCAUGAUGCAGAUGCACUCUGCCAGAACAAACCCCUGUGGCCCAAGGGUCAUUAUGUGAAAGCACAAGCUCUUUCUGGAUUGGGAAGGACUGAGGAAGCUCUGAAGGAGUUUCUUUAUUGUGUUGCCUUAAAUCCUGAAUGGAGCUUAAUGAAGAAAGAAGCCCAAAAGAUAAUGUGUGAGAUGUUUUUCCCAGCCUUUGAAAAUGUGCAUGACAGCCUUGCUGCACCUUUCUCUAGUCGGACAAGGUUGAAACCUGCAUUUUUAAGCAGCUUAAAUACUGUUGAAGAUGGUUCUGCUGCUGGGUGCUCUGAGGAUACUGUAUUCAGAUUAACAAAAGCCCUGUCCCAAGAGCCCGAUGUACUUCGAAGCACUAAUUCAUCUCUCUCCCCCAAUGUACUGAAUUUGCAUUUUGAAGACAAUAAAAAGUCAUUGGGAACAAUCCUCUCCAGCUUACCUGGUGCACGUUUAAAAAGAAAGCUAUCCAGUGACUUGACGGAUUUACAAAGCUUGGAUGUCCCUAAUAAGAUUCCUAAAAAAGAUGGAGAUACUGUACUUGAAAACUCUGCCACCUCUGCAUUACGUGAGAUACCAGCAAUCCUUGUGGAUGCAUCUGACUUUGAGUGUUCCCUCUGCAUGAGGUUAUUCUACGAGCCUGUUUCCACUCCCUGUGGACAUACGUUUUGUCUCAAAUGCCUCGAGCGUUGCCUUGAUCAUAAUCCCUAUUGCCCACUCUGCAAAGAAAAGCUUUCUGAAUUUUUGGCAAGCAGAACUUAUAAAAAGACUGUCCUUACAGAAGAACUAAUAGUUCGUUACUUGCCGGAAGAAUUGUCAGAAAGAAAGAAAGUUUAUGAAGAAGAAAUGAAGGAGUUAUCAAAUUUGAAUGAAGAUGUUCCCAUCUUUGUGUGUACCAUGGCCUUCCCUACCAUCCCUUGCCCACUUCAUGUCUUUGAACCUCGGUAUCGGCUAAUGAUAAGAAGAUGCAUGGAAACUGGUACCAAACAAUUUGGCAUGUGCUUAGCUGAUGAACUAAAAGGGUUUGCCGAUUAUGGCUGCAUGCUAGAGAUCAGGGAUGUAAAGUUUUUUCCUGAUGGGCGUUCAGUUGUUGAUACGGUUGGUGUUCGUCGGUUUAAGGUCUUGAACCACGGUCAACGAGAUGGGUAUAACACUGCGAACAUUGAAUAUCUUGAAGAUAAAAAGGUGGAGGGAGCAGAGUAUGAAGAACUUGUCCGUCUUCAUGAUUCGGUUUAUGAUCAAGCUGUUGCCUGGUUUACUUCCCUUAAAGACAACAUGAAAGCACAAAUUCUCAAUCAUUUUGGAUCAAUGCCAGGAAAAGAAUCGGAGCCACAGAGUAACCCCAGUGGCCCAGCCUGGUACUGGUGGCUAUUGGCAGUGUUGCCAUUAGAAAACAGGGCUCAGCUGGCUAUACUUGCUAUGACUUCCCUUAAAGAUCGUCUUAUUGCCAUCAGACGAGUAUUAAUAUUUGUAACACGCAAGAGACCCAGAUGACAUGGACUUACCUGUGAACAGGCACUGACUGUAUGUUGGUAGAUAUGUUUUUAAAAACCAUCAUGCAGAGAUGAA